AUGCUCGUCAAGGCGGGGGCGGAUGUGGACAAGCGCAACGCGACAGGACAGACGUCUCUGACGCUGGCACUACAGGGUGGCUACUCAAACAUGGUGCACGCUCUCCUCAGCUUCCCCGAAGUGGAUCCGAACGUGGGCAACGAGGACUGGAGUCCCAUAGAGAUUGCCGUCGAAGUUGGAGACAGUGACGCGCUCGAAGCGCUCCUACAGCGCCCGGAUAUCAUACUUAAGUUCGACAUACCAGAAGGCGAACCCGCCCCUGCCGUCACUGCCAACCCCGACGGCACCACAACUUUUACCUCGGGGGGGAACAGGUAUAGGCCGCUCCAGCGAUCACUGCUCUGGCAAGCGAUCAAUCGCGGCCACGGCAACUGUGCCCGUGUGCUGCUAGCUGACGGACGGGUGCCCAAGGCCCUUCGCGACUUGUCCGGGGCCCUGCCGUCGUUUGUCGGCGUUGACGACGAUAUCAUUGGGGAGGUUGUGCAGCUCCACGCGUCGAACAGCUGGCAGGCCACGGACGACAUUUUUGGCUUCCUGUGGACCACGGACCGCGAGAGCGUGCCUGGACAGUAUCACAUGGCAAGCAUGGUGGACGUUGACGGCAAUUGCCUGCUGUCUCAUCUCAUUAUCUGCGGGUGGGAGGAGGAGGCGAUCGACCUGCUCAAGCAGAAGGACAGCCCGAAAAACAGCUCCAACUACCACGGGGAAACGGCCCUGAUGCUGGCUGUCUUGUACUCGCGCGCCGAGGUCAUCAAGUUCUUGCUCGAAUCGCCCAUCGGCGGCGCCGUCGACUGGCUCGUGGUGAACAGAUGGGGGCAGAACCUUCUCGUGUACGCAGAGAGCGCCGAGAACGACAGCCUGACGCGCAAGGUCGUGGCGCGGGUGCAGAAGGAGGCCAAGCUGCGGUCGCGGGCGGGCUUUGGCAGCUUCAACGAAGAUCGGCGCCGCCGCCCUGGGCGUGUCGACUCAUUCUUUGAAGCCGAGCUGAAGACGGUCAUGGACAAGCAGCUGGGCAAGUUCCGCAUCACGGUGAAGAAGAAGCGCUCGUGA